AUGGAGGAAAUAGAUAGUAUGACGUUUCGCCAGCAGCUUCUGGCAAUUGAUGAAAACCUAGGGCAGGAAGAUGUGGAAGCUCUUAAAUUUCUCUGUAGUGACUGGAUCCCCUUAAAGAAGCUGGAAACUGUGAGUUCUGCACGUGAUAUCUUCCAGCUACUAAUCAAUAAAGACUUCCUAAAUCCGGAGGACACGUUUGUUAUAGCAGAACUUCUCUACAGGAUAAAGUGUAACUUUCUCCUCCAGAAACUUGGCUAUACCAAAGAGCAAGUUCAAGAAGAACUGCCUUACAGAGGGCUGGUCUCUGAAUACAGACAGAUGCUGUAUGAAAUAUCAGAAGGGCUCACUAAGGAAGAUGUGGGGGAUGCCAUGUUCCUUCUGAGGGAACAUCUUCCAAAGAAGCAGUCCACUACGUCCUCUCUAGAAUUGUUGACAUCCCUGGAGAAGCAGGACCUUUUAGAAGACAGCAACCUGGAAAUACUGGAACGAAUCUGUUCGAAAUUAUCACCCGACCUCCUGAAGAAAGUGGAGAGAUACAAACGAGGAAAAGCUCCAGUGUUUAAUCAAGAAAGCACAGAAAUGGCUCCCUCUUCUGCUUGUGGAUUUAGUAAACCAUCUUUUGGAAAUGUUUCAGUCCAGGAACCUGCUGUUAAACACCUGCCAAGGAAUCAUAUAGAUUCUUACCCUGAAGAAACUGGGAGCCUGAGGGAGCAUGUUGGAAGUUUGCUGUCUUUAGCUGCAAAUCCAGAUAUCAAAGGAGGACCGAGCUUGCUACGCUCUAUGGGAGACGGUGAAUCCAAAACUACAGCAGAGAAAACAGCUUUCUAUAAAAUGGAUGGGCCAUACAGAGGAUACUGCCUUAUUUUUAAUAAUAUCCAUUUUGAGGGAGGUCUCGGAAGAAGGAACGGAUCUCAGAAAGAUGCCAUGGAACUGGAACGUGUGUUUACAUGGCUUGGGCUAGAUGUGAGAAAAUACGAUGAUAAGACCUCAAAAGAAAUUGAAGAAAUUUUGAAGCAUUGGCAAUCUUCCGAAAAUUGGAAAGACCGUGACUGCCUAGUAUGCUGCAUUCUGUCUCACGGUGAAUCUGGAAAGAUUUACGGGACGGAUGCAUGCCUAAUUUCCAUCCGUGACCUCAUGUCCUAUUUCACAGCCAACCGGUGCCCGCUGCUGGCUGAAAAGCCCAAACUCUUUUUCAUCCAGGCGUGUCAAGGUGAAAAGACACAACAGCCCGUCUACCUCGAAACAGACAACCACAAUCGUGUCCACCUUGGGGCAGAUGCACAGAGAUCAAGAUAUGCCUCUUCACAGCAACUGACCUCGAGCAUUCCAGCAGAAGCGGACUUCCUCCUUGGCAUGGCCACCGUGGAUGGAUAUCUCUCUUUCCGGCAUGUCCAGCAGGGCACAUGGUACAUUCAGGCUCUCUGCGAUAACCUGCAGUGCCUGGUACCAAGAGGGGAAGACAUCUUGUCCAUUCUUACAGAAGUUAAUGCAGAUGUGAGCAGACGUGCAGAUACUAAAGGGGUAAUGAAACAGAUGCCACAGCCAGCUUACACACUCAGGAAAAAAAUGAUAUUCCCCGUACCCAGAGAUCCUCCUCCACCAGCACAGCCGCUGUAGGAUUUUUGAUGGACAUCCACCAAUUGGGAUUGCUGGAGUUUUGGCAGCGGAAAGGGUGAAGAAAGCACACCCUUCUCUCCUGCUUCCAUGUACUUUUGACCAUGCUUUGAACAAAUGCAAGAUUUCCAUGGACAAUUUGCGUGAGGGAAGCGUCAGCUCAGGUUGUCUCUGCCGGGCACCACUGAGAAUACAAAUUUGGACUCUAGUGUUCUUACUUUGGACUCGCGUGUUUUUACUUCUCUGUCAAAAUGAUAAUCGUACUAUGAAAGUGUCUCUCUGAAGGGUGGUGUUCUCCAGGUUGGUGUGAGGAAGGCAUCCCACAAUGGGUUAUUUCCCCCUAUCACCCAGGGAAAGUAGGGACUCAUGGGACUGAGUAGUAAGCUUUCUAUUGGUCUGAAGCUCCUCCUAGCCAGUUCGUCCCUGCUUUUUGCCCAGGACAGAGCUAAUUCUCAUCUCCUCCUAUCUCAAGCCUAUACUUCUCUCUAUUUUGAAGAUUUUUUAGAACUCCUUACCUCUUUAACCCUCUUUCUUACAACCAGCCUUUAUUUUUCACUCUCUUGCCAAAAAAAAGUUUCUUUUCUGCAACUAAUUCAAAGCCUGAAAAGAAAAAGAAAACAAUGACUCAUUUGAGAGUGGUUAGGCAGCCAUCAGCAGACAAAAGGACGACCUGCCAGAAAGAUCAGGGAGAUAACCAGUUUGCCUGGAGGCUACGGCCUCUUGCUGCCGAGACUAAGGGAGUUGGGGCCCCAGCCACCCUCUCCACUCAGAGAGGGAGUGGUCCUGGUUCAUCUGAAAGAGGCAGUAGUGAGACCACUCCUGAAGAAAACUUCCUUGGACCUGGAAAAUCUUGGUAACUACAGGCUGGUGACAAAUGUUCCAUUCCUGGGCAAGGUCCUUGAGUGGGUGGUUGCAGGCCAGCUCCAGACACUCUUGGAUGAGACUGAUUAUCUGGAUCCAUUUCAGGCGGGUUUCAGGCCUGGUUUUGGCACAGAAACAGCAUUGGCCAUCCUAUAUGAUGACCUAUGUCGGGAGAAAGACGGGAAGUGUGACUUGAUUCUCCUUGAUCUCUCAGCGGCUUUCGAUACGUCUGAGUUGGGAGUGGGAGGCACUGCGUUGCAAUGGUUCUGCUCCUACUUGGUGGGUUGGCUCCAGAAGGUGGUGCUUGGGGAGCAUGGCUCGGCCCCGUGGACUCUCCAGUAUGGGGUUCCGCAGGGGUCAGUCUUGUCCCCCAUGCUGUUUAACAUGUACAUGAAACCUUUGGGUGCUGUCAUCUGACG